AUGAGCAGAAAACGAAAUCAGCAAUAUUCAUUGAACGAUCUUUUACAAGCAGUCCAAGAUAUUAAAGCCGAUAAGUCACAACGACAAGCUUCUAUGGAUUAUAAGAUACCGAUCGGAACCAUCAAAAGCCGUAUGUCACGAAAUAGCACGGGAGCAAUUGGUAGACCGACAGUUUUGAGUCAAUUACAAGAACAACAAUUUGUCAUGCUUAUUAGUAUAUUUCCAUUUGAUCCAAUGGCAGUUUCUCCAGACAAAAUAAAGGAGAAAAAUAUUCAACCAACUAUAUCGACAACAUCAGAUGUAACGCAAUCAACAGUAGAUAAUAAUGAUAUAAGUCCAGUGAUUGAUGUCGAUGAUCAUAACCAAGAAACUGCUGCUCAAUUACAAUCUGUCCAUAUGAAUUUUGAUUUUAUGGAUCAUUUUGAUAUGCCAGACGCAGACGAUCAACAGUUAACAACGCCCUUGGAUCUAACUACAAAACCAUCGGGUACUAUGUCGUCGACAAAUUAUUCAGAAAUAAUUAAUGCACCGAAUUCUCCUAGCGCUAUUAAUUCUUUAGCAACAGAUCCAUUAUUUGCUAUUAGUAACGUCGUUGCAGCACAUUUAUCAUCAAAGUCGUCAACACCCGUCGUACAACGACGGAAAAAAAUGCUUGAAAAACCAUAUGGUAUAAGUGUUACAUCUGAUGAGACAAUUGAUAUCCUAGAGAAAAAGGAGUUAGCAAAAGCAAACAGAAGUAAAGGAAAAAUAAAACGUUCUACGUCGAAGAAACAUCGAACCAAAACAAAUA